CAAAAUUGCUAUGAGUCUGUCACGUUUCCAGGGCAGUUUGGUGGGUGCGGUGGUCGGAGAUUGCAUAGGGGGAGUGUUUGAGUCGAUCUGGGGACCUGUGGCACUCCGGCCCAUCUUACGUCAGGUUGAGGAUCUCGAACAGAACUACAAACAUAUGAAAGAUGGCAAGAAAAAACAUGUGUUGUGGUACACAGAUGAUACAGCCAUGGCUCGGAGAGUUGCAGCAUCACUCAUCAGCAGGACAGAUCUGGAUCUCAAGGAUUUAGCAAAACAAUUUUCUGAUGAAUAUUACGCAGAGCCCGACAGAGGCUAUGGUGGAAAUGUGGUCAAAGUCUUCAGCGCUCUGGCCAAUCCAAAUCUUACAGACGUCUUGCAGCCAGCCAGGGAACAAUUUGAUGGAAGUGGUUCCUAUGGCAACGGUGGCUGCAUGAGAAUAGCCCCAGCUGCAUUAUUUGCAUUUAGUGACAAAUUUGAAAAGCUGCAGGACAUCUCGGAGAAGAUAACAGAGAUAACACACUCUCACCCCCAGGCGAUCCAGGGAGCCGUUCUUCAGAGCAGUGCUGUAGAUCUUGCGCUGCGUCUUGACAACACACACGAUGUCGACACCGACAUAUUCAUCGACACUCUUGCACAGCGAAUCAAACCGCUGGAAGAAAACCACAAACCAGAGACAAAAUCAACUUCACCUACUGCCAAGAAGCAAAAAAAACUGGAUACAUACUGUUCCAAGUUGCAGCAGAUUCGAAGUUUCUUACCGCGAAGUGACGUAACUCCAUCCGAGGUGGAGGAAACAUUAGGUAAUGACAUCUCGGCACUGGGAUCAGCACCUACAGCUGUUUACGCAUUUCUCAAAGCUCUGAAACCAAUCAAGGGUAUCGAGGACAGAAGUGGUUUUGAAAGGACAAUUAUCUAUGCCAUCCACAUGGGUGGGGAUACCGACACCAUAGCGACCAUGGCCGGUGCCAUCGCUGGAGCAUUCUACGGACUGGAGGCCAUUCCGGCAUCAUGGCAGGUAUCAUGUGAAGGGGUUGACGAUGCCAAGAAACAUGCCGAACAGCUGCUGGCAUUACAGACACAGACAACCAGCUUGUAGGGAUUGACACGGAAAACAGAGUUAUUGGGAUUGACACAAACAACCAAGUUAUUGGGAUUGACACAAACAAACAAGUUAUGGAGAUUGACACAAACAACCAUGUACCAGAUUGACACAGACAACCAAGUUAUAGGGAUUAACUCAGAUAACAAAGUUAUAAGGAUUGACACAGACAACCAAGUUAUGGAGAUUGAUACAGACAACCAAGUUAUGGAGAUUGAUACAGACAACCAUGUAACAGAUUGACACAAACAACCAAGUUAUA